UGCUUGCUUCUUCUGUUUCGUCGGCUGCUGUGACUGUACGCAAUCAAAUUCAAAUCUUUCUUCAUAUGGGCUGCUCAUGGCGCCCGAAAGGCCGAAACUCCUCCCUCUCAAUUAAAAUCCUCGCUACUACUGGCUACUGCUACUGUGUAUGUUUUCCGUACCUUUUCUCCUCCAAAAAAUUCGGGAUUUCCUCUCUUUUUUAAAAGCCACACACACACACACACAAGAAGAAACGCCGGUGGGUGUCGGCCGGACCCUCUAGAAUUCCACGAGAUGCUCAGCUCAGCCCUGGUUUCUGCUGAUUCCCUUGGCGGUGAAAAAAUAAUUCCUCCAAGAAUCUGUGGUGACCGAGGCUACUAAAAAGGGCUCCUGCGUUUUGCUAUCGCAGGUUGACUCGCGCGCUGAUUCGCCCCCCAUGGCGGAUUGCCGGCACAAAUUCACCGCAUAUAUUCGUUCUUUCCUCCUUGCCUUGCCUCUUUCGUGCUACCUCCCUUUUUUUUUAAGAACAGGUAUAAACAAAACAGCAGCCUUCCCAGAGAUCGUUCGGUCUCUAGCAGUCUAGCUCGCACCUGGACUCAACAGUCAAAGCACACAUGUUUCUAUCCCUCUGCGGCAAUGCUUGCACAGUGAGCUCCGUGGAUUUGCUUCCGUUUUUAGCUAGUACCAGGUGCAGCGAGCCGUGCGGCAAUUACUCUGCGCUCCAUCCGUCCAUGGUGGAUUCCUGUUCGGUCCGCCCGAGAAGGGUGCUCCCUGCCCAUGCCUUUCUGGGCAUCUCUUCAAUUGGCUCUUGUUCGCUCUCCACAGCACCAUGUUCUUUCUGCUCUUAGUCCCUUAGGGACCCUACUUAAAUAUUCCAGCUAAACAGCCACCACUAUGUGUUUUUCUUCUUCUUUUUGUGAAACCAAAAAAACCAUCCCUAUGAUUGGUCCAGUAUUUCACGAAAGAAAUCAUAUUUGUAAGACUGAUGUGUAAAGGGCAGGCCGUGCUAGAGUGGUCACUGCACUGGUAGGUUGUAUUGCUAGUCUGAGCACCGAGAGAGUGGUUGGUUGACCGUUAUGGCAAUUUCCCCAUUACUCGAAAAAAAAGUUGUGCUGUUGUGAACUUUAAGCUUGCAAAUUUCCACUCAUCAUCUGCCUUUGUUGCUAUCUUCAUGUCUGUUUCUUUAGGAUACUGCUUUAUCCUUCGUAUAAUUGUAUUGUCAAACCCUGGCACCCACCGGAAUCAUAUAGCCUGGAUAGCCAGCAAGCUGCUCUCUCCGUCUCCUGUCAGUAUGUAUUCAGCUUUUAGAGGUGAUAAAUCCAAGAUUCUUCCAGUAAAGAUGCCGAUCUGUAGCUGUGAAGAAACUAUCCAUGAGUUUGAGAUGCUAACACGCGAUGCUGGGCGUGUACAGAAGGAUACACUGAAAAAGAUCCUUGAGUUGAAUGCUGAUGCUGAAUAUCUGAAGAAGUUCGGCCUCAAUGGCAGGACUGAUGUAGAGAGCUACAAAUCCUGCAUCCCGUUGUGUGUGCACAGUGAUCUUGAGCCAUACAUCCAUAGGAUCGCUGAUGGUGAUAGCUCUCCACUCCUCACUGGGAAGCCCGUCACCUCCCUUUCCCUCAGUUCCGGAACAACACAGGGCAAGCCCAAGUUCUUGCCAUUUACUGAUGAAUUGCUUGAGACCACACUUCAAAUAUUCCAGACUUCAUAUGCAUUUAGGAACCGUAAGUAUCCAAUAGGAAGAGGAAAAGCGUUGCAGUUUAUCUAUGGUAGCAAGCAAGUGGUAACAAAAGGUGGCAUCCUUGCCACAACUGCAACGACAAACUUGUACCGGAGGGCACGUUACAAGGAAGGGAUGAAGGAUAUCCAGUCUCAAUGCUGCAGCCCUGAUGAAGUUGUUUUUGGCCCUGACUUCAAUCAGUCCUUGUAUUGUCACUUGCUCUGUGGGCUAAUAUACUCUGACGAGGUCCAUCAGGUGUUCUCGCCAUUUGCUCACAGCUUAGUCCAUGCAUUUCAAACAUUUGAGGAGGUUUGGGAAGAUCUAUGUGCUGACAUAAGAGGUGGUGUCCUCUCAGAGAAAGUUACAGUGCCAUCUAUUCGUGAAGCUGUUACAAAAAUCCUGAAGCCCAACCCUGAGCUUGCUGACUUGAUCUAUAAGAAGUGCAUGGGCUUGAGCAACUGGUAUGGUGUAAUUCCAGCGCUCUGGCCAAAUGCAAAGUAUGUCUAUGGUAUCAUGACAGGUUCCAUGGAGCCAUACCUAAAAAAGUUGAGGCACUAUGCUGGGCACUUGCCUCUGAUAAGUGCAGAUUACGGUGCAUCUGAAGGAUGGGUUGGUGCUAAUAUAAACCCCACACUACCACCUGAACAGGUGACAUACGCUGUUCUCCCCCAGACCGGUUAUUUUGAGUUCAUUCGUUUGGAGAAACCCGAAGGUGAGGAGACGGAGAAUAGUGCCUCCAUUCAUUACAUAGAAUCAGAACCAGUUGGCCUGACCGAAGUUGAGGUCGGAAAAAUCUAUGAAGUUGUGAUAACUACCUUUGGAGGUCUAUAUCGCUACCGGCUAGGAGAUAUUGUGAAGGUAGCAGGCUUCCACAACUCAACACCCGAGCUCCGGUUCAUCUGCCGCAGAAGCCUAGUCCUGAGCAUCAACAUCGACAAGAACACCGAGAAAGACCUCCAGCUGGCUGUUGAGGAGGCAGCAAAGCUCUUGGAUGCAGAGAAGCUGGAAAUUGUGGAUUUCACUAGCUUUGUGGAGAAGUCAAGUGACCCUGGUCGCUAUGUCAUCUUCUGGGAGCUGAGCUCCGAUGCAAGUGAGGAUGUGUUACGAAGCUGCGCAAAUUGCUUGGACCUAGCCUUUGUUGAUGCAGGAUAUAUGGGUUCAAGGAAGAUCAAAGCCAUUGGCCCACUUGAGCUACGGAUUCUGAAAAAGGGAACCUUCAAGGAGAUUCUAGAUCACUUCCUGAGCCUUGGUGGCGCCGUGAGUCAGUUCAAGACACCUCGAUUCGUCAGUCCGUUGAAUGUCAAGGUUCUGCAGAUACUAAAUAGGAACACCACCGGAAGUUACUUCAGUACCGCCUAUGGGCUCUGAUAAAUAAGAAAUGCUGCUAGUUGUUCCUUGUAAUUAUCUUUUUUCACUGUUCUGUUCUAGUCUCCAGAUAAAGAAAACAAACUGUCUUAGUCUCUUGCUGUAAAACUCAUAUUCUAGUGCUGCUGGUUGCUAGAAUAUCUGUAAAUCCAAAUGCAGUUGUAGCAAGAGGUAUCAGAAAAGUGAAGCUGCUGCUCCCUCUGCCUGUGUUC